UCGCGGCUGCUUCGCGCCCGGCGCCUAGCGCUGACCUGGGCGCAGCGGCCAGCAGCAUUGCACACAGGAGCCCGCAGUUUUCACUUCACCGUUGAUGGCAGUAAGAGGUCGUCCGCUAAAGUUUCAGAUGCAAUUUCUACGCAGUACCCAGUAGUGGAUCAUGAAUUCGAUGCAGUAGUGGUCGGCGCCGGAGGGGCAGGCCUGCGAGCUGCAUUUGGCCUUUCUGAAGCAGGGUUUAACACGGCCUGCGUCACAAAGCUCUUUCCCACCAGGUCACACACUGUCGCAGCCCAGGGAGGGAUCAACGCCGCCCUGGGGAACAUGGAGGAGGACAACUGGAGGUGGCACUUCUAUGACACCGUGAAGGGCUCCGACUGGCUGGGGGACCAGGAUGCCAUCCACUACAUGACGGAGCAGGCCCCGGCCUCGGUGGUGGAGCUGGAGAAUUACGGCAUGCCGUUUAGCAGAACUGAAGACGGGAAGAUCUACCAGCGCGCCUUCGGUGGACAGAGCCUCCAGUUUGGGAAAGGCGGGCAGGCCCAUCGGUGCUGCUGCGUGGCCGACCGCACUGGCCACUCGCUGCUGCACACUUUGUAUGGAAGGUCUCUGCGAUAUGAUACCAGCUAUUUUGUGGAGUAUUUUGCCUUGGAUCUCCUGAUGGAGAACGGGGAGUGUCGAGGCGUUAUUGCUCUGUGCAUAGAAGACGGGUCCAUCCACCGCAUCAGAGCAAAGAACACGGUUGUAGCUACUGGGGGCUACGGGCGCACCUACUUCAGCUGCACGUCCGCCCACACCAGCACCGGGGACGGCACUGCCAUGAUCACCAGGGCGGGCCUUCCCUGCCAGGACCUGGAGUUUGUUCAGUUCCACCCCACAGGCAUAUACGGUGCUGGCUGUCUCAUCACGGAAGGGUGCCGUGGAGAGGGAGGCAUCCUUAUCAACAGUCAAGGCGAGAGGUUCAUGGAGCGCUAUGCUCCUGUCGCAAAGGACCUGGCGUCCAGGGACGUCGUAUCCCGCUCCAUGACCCUGGAGAUCCGUGAAGGAAGAGGCUGUGGCCCUGAGAAGGAUCACGUGUACCUGCAGCUGCACCACCUCCCCCCGGAACAGCUGGCUAUGCGCCUGCCUGGCAUCUCGGAGACAGCCAUGAUCUUCGCGGGUGUGGACGUCACCAAGGAGCCGAUCCCCGUGCUUCCCACCGUGCACUAUAACAUGGGCGGCAUCCCCACCAACUACAAGGGGCAGGUCCUGAAGCACGUGGGUGGCCAGGACCAGGUCGUGCCCGGCCUGUACGCGUGUGGGGAGGCUGCCUGCGCGUCGGUGCACGGCGCCAACCGGCUAGGGGCGAACUCGCUCCUGGACCUGGUCGUCUUCGGCCGGGCGUGCGCGCUGGGCAUCGCGGAGUCCUGCAGGCCCGGAGAUAAAGUUCCCUUGAUUAAACCAAAUGCUGGGGAAGAAUCUGUCAUGAAUCUUGACAAAUUGAGAUUUGCCAACGGAAGCAUAAGAACGUCGGAACUGCGGCUGAACAUGCAAAAGUCGAUGCAAAGUCAUGCCGCAGUGUUCCGUGUGGGAAGCGUGUUACGGGAAGGCUGUGAGAAGAUCAGCAAGCUCUACGGCGAUCUAAAGCAUCUGAAGACGUUUGACAGGGGAAUGGUCUGGAACACUGACCUGGUGGAGACCCUGGAGCUGCAGAACCUGAUGCUUUGUGCCCUGCAGACCAUUUAUGGAGCAGAGGCCCGGAAGGAGUCUCGCGGCGCUCAUGCCAGGGAGGAUUUCAAGGAGCGGGUUGACGAGUACGAUUACUCCAAGCCCAUCCAGGGGCAGCACAAGAGGCCGUUUGAGGGGCACUGGAGGAAGCACACGCUCUCCUACGUGGACAUCAGGACUGGGAAGGUCUCCCUGGAAUACAGACCCGUAAUCGACAGAACAUUGAACGAGGCUGACUGCGCCACUGUCCCCCCAGCCAUCCGCUCCUACUGAGGAGACCGGAGUUUACCAGCUCUUGUAAUUAUGUAUAAUAGCUCAUGCACGUGUUCAUACUGUAACUGCCUUCUUAAACUGUCCUCGAGUGACUGAGGAUGCCACUUGACAGAGAUUCCUACCAGAGGCCGGCAGCUUGCCAGUAAUCAACAGCCAGGAAGUGUUCAGCUUGCCUUUGUCCCUGCUUCAUUCCGGAGAGAUAAUAAAACU